UCUGCUGACAGGUAUCGGCAGAUAUGAUGAGAUGACGUACGUCUUUGACCUGCUGCAUCAGAACCAUCGCUUUGAGAUGCUGCUGAGGAAGAAGGUGGACAUGGACCGAGGACAGAGCUCCAGUCUGAAGACGGCUCUGCUGGACUACAUCAAACGCUGCCUCCCUGCAGACAGCGAGAAGCACAACAUGGUGGCGCUGUGUUUCAGCAUGAGGAGGGAGAUCGGAGAAAACCACGAGAUGGCGGCCAGGACGCAGCUGAAGAUCAUCGAGUCUCAGGAGUGGGUCGUCACGCCUGAUCUGAAGAGUUCGCUGGUCAAAGUGUUGGGUCUGUUGAAGGACGCGGCUGAGAGCUUCUCCAAGGACUCGUGUGUGCGUCAGGCGACUCGCUGCGUCCGCACAGCUAAGCUCGUCGCUCUUCAGCUCCACUUCCUGAACCAGGAGUCCGACGUACGUGUCAUCAACCUGCGACCUGCGGUGCUGCUGAAAACGCUCAUCGGGCUGCCGCGAUGUUACCAGGUGUUCGUGGUGUCGGAGGCGUACGGCGUCAGUCCGGACUGGGCGGAGAUUCUGUACCAGAGGGUUAUUCUGAAAGGAGACUUCGUUUACCUGGAGGAGCUCAAACGCCACCGCCCGCUGACCUCCAGCCUGUUUGAGGACAUUUUCAAGAAACUGGACGCCGCUCCCGGCAACGUCACUUCAAACGUGAAGCGCCUGCUGACGCACUGCGACGACGUGUACAGCCGCUACAGGCUGGCCUACCAGCAGAAACUGGACGACGUCACCAAAACGAUGCUGCAGGACGCGAAGACGUCCAACUACCUGAACGACAGACUGGCCGGCUGAUCCGCUGAGUCUGUGUUUAUAAUCACAUGAAACGUUACGAGCGGAGAAUCAACUGAAAAUCUUCAGAACAUAAAACAUCUGUGAAAAUGUAAAUAAAAGACUCUUUGUAAACUGA